AUGGCGACUUGCUGUGUGACAGAGAUGGAACCAGCGCCGCUUAUGACGAAACACGAGUCUAUAAGCAGAAUGUCCACUCAUGAUCUUGGCGCUCCAAGCGACGAGCUUCUCCGCAAGUCCUGCGACCACUCAGCCUUCCGACUGGUGGCGCCCAGGAUACUGGACGAAUGCGCGAAUCUUGGUGCGAGAAGCAUGCCGCUGCAAGCCCUCCGGAGUCGCACAAUGCGCACGACGCCCACACACCGGAGUCGUGUUGCCGCAAGCAUGCCAAUCCAGGCUUUGCAGCGAAGCAUGGGCACCACAGCCUUUGAUCCUUUCCAUUGCUAUCAUAGGAGAGAUUCCAUCGUGUGCUCUGAGCCGCCUCCGACCUCACCUCACUUUGAUGAGAUUGCUGUGACACAAAUCAUGUCCAACGAUUUCGAAGUGGACGAAGAUGGCUUGCUCCAUCUGGACGGCGAGGAUGCCCUUGUGAGGAAGGCUUCUAGCAGGAUCGACGAAACUGGAACGCAGACAUCCAGCGCUCUCUGGAAGGACCCGGAGCAAGGAGUCAUUCUUGUCGACUGGGACGACACUCUCUUCGCCACCACCUGGCUUGCUGGAAAGAGCGAGUUCAAAUCCUGGCAGCGGGAAUGGGUCUCCGGGGCACCGCCAAAGCUGUCCGAAGAGGACGCACGCGACCUGGCGGAGCUGGACAAAGCCGCUCGGGCCUUUCUCUGCGCCGCCUCUGCCCUGGGCCAGGUCGUUUGCGUCACGCUCUCCCGGACGCCCUGGCAGCACAACACCAUGAAGGCCUUCAUGCCCGAACUCGCCAAAGCAUGGGAAGAAGCAGGUGUGGAGGUGAUCUACGCCAGUGAGGUGAUGCUACGGCGGCAUUCUUCAGGCGGCGGCGAAUGCCGCCACGCCUCCGGGCCGGGUCUGGUCGAGCAAGAAGUAAUCCUCAUGGGCCAGUCAAUCAAGAAGAAAGAGACGGCGAUGAGGCGGGUCAUCAACAAAAUCUAUGGCAAAGGGAGCUGGAAGAACGUGGUCAGCAUCGGAGACGGCGAGGCCGAGUUCAACGCACUGCGGGACAUCUCCUUCAAACACACCAACCCAACGAGUGGUGUGACUGGCAGCCAAAAGCGCUUCCGUAUGAAGGCCGUGCAGAUGUUGGAUUCCCCAACCUGUAAUGAACUGACAACGCAGCUACAGAUCCUUCAGGCCUGGAUGCCAGCCCUGAUGCACUUGGACGAUGAUUUUUUCCUGACCCUUAGCGAUGGCGAGGAGGAUAUCCUUGCCAUGCACAACAUCCUCCUUGAGCGCCUCGAAGGCCAAGGCCAAACGAGCUGA